AUGGAAGAGUGGAAGGCGUCUUUCCGAGAUAUCUACGGGAGAUCGCCCACUGCUGAAGACACUUCAAUUGCUCCGAACCAUGUGAAAGGUAAUUCGUUUCGCGAUUAUUCUGUUGACAUAUUAGGUUUCAGACAUUUUGCGAGCUGAAAAGAACCAUACCAAAGAGCAGACAAAAGAAAAAUCUUCGAAAAGAGGAGUAAAAAGAAAGAAUUUCGAAAUGAAAAUGAUGAAGGGUGAGCAGUUCAGUCCGAUCAAGAAACGGAUGAGUAUUAAACAAUUCGGCAUGGGAUCCGAUGAGAACUCUUCGGCACCGAGAACGUCUCCGAGAAAGGUGCGAGCCCAAUCAUAAUUCAAUCUGUUCACACUCUCAAGUUCCAGAAAACGUUGCCAUUGGCAGGAUCGCCGAGAAAGCUCUUCAAAGGGACGACGACGUCAGCACAGCUCUCGCCGAUGAAAGUAAGCGAUCUUAACUUUACAAAGUCAGUUUAUAAAAAGAGUAAAUUUCAGAACCAAGCAGGCUCUUCUUCGCAGUUCGAUUUGCUUGAUUUCUCUCCCAUCAAAUCGUUCAUUGCUGGUGCGUCGAGCUCCGUUUUGAAGAGUUCGCUGACUCCGAUCAAAUCACCGACAAAACGAGCGUAUCAAAGACAACUUGCCGAUCAAGUAAGCUUUUAUGUUUCGCGAAUUUAAAAUGUUCGCUAGAAGAUUUUUCUUGGCAGAACGUUUUUCUGUAAAAAUGUGAGCCGAUUGAAUAAUCUGACACCGGAAAAGCUUCACUUUUCACGAAAUCCAAGGCAUUUUGCCGUAUUUUUAGUAUAUAUAAUAUAUUUUAAUUUUAUGAUCCUGUCGGAGUCUGACAAUCGAGCUGCAAAUCCCGAAUAAUCCCUAAAACCGUUUUGCCGGCGUCUAGUGCUCAGAAAUUUUCAGUCAGUCCCUUACUUUCCCAAUCAUUUUGUGAUUAUUUCGGUUAGCAAUCCGCAUCAGUCGAUUGCCGAUUUGAUAGCCUCCAAAAGCGACACUGCAGGGUGUUUUACGACUAAUUAAAGAGGGCGCUGCCCGGGCGGUUCGUCCCCCUGGAAAGCCGCUCACUGGCGGUUUGCCACCCGAUUGAACAGCGAGUGUUUCAAUACAAACACUACUCACCAUAUUUCUCGACACCAACGAAAUUCCAGUUUGCACGGUUUUCAAAGGCCUGAGUGAUGCGAUUAACAGGCCAGUAAUCGUGGGGUUUCGCUUACUCGCAGAUUAUUUUUAACCGUGCUGGAACUGGCGUCUGAAAGUGUAAAAACCAUGUAGAACCAAAACAUUUAUUUGCAGGAUUUGAACGUUCUUCUGAUGCCAACGCCGGAGAAGUGCGAAGAGGAGGAAGAGGAAGCGGUGGAGGAGUUUAACGAUGAGACGUAGGUGAUCCGAACAUCGGAUGGAGCAAAUUUAAACUGAUUCCAGGACCGAAGAUGUUGCGAAGACGAGGGCGUACAAGACGGCGGCCAGAAAGCUCGGAGGAUCGUCGAAGGCAAAUCAGAACUUCCAGAAGAUUAACCUGCGGAAAAAGCAAUUCGUACGCGGCAAGGUGACGGCCGAACAGAAGCGAAAGCUGAAAAGAAAACAAAUGUUCAAGAAGAAGACGUGA